GUCAGAGUCAGCUCGACUUCACUGAGCAGCUGCGAUUCAGUUACUACUUCCAUAGUCUCUUGCGGGUCUCAUCGGGGGCAGCAUGUCCAGAAGCUACAGCAUAUAUAAAAUCCUUUCCUCGCCAGAGUGCUGGCUUGCUCGCUGCAGCUGCAGCUGGAGCUGGAGCUGGAGCUAGACGGGGUGGAAGAGGGAGGAAGAUCUGGAAGUGAGAGCUUAGGUGGUUGUGUUGCUUUUAGUUAGCGGAGUGCACGGAACCUCGUCGUCUGUCUCUGUUGUCUUCUUCGUCUGACCACUCUCAGACAGUUGCUCCCUCGACCUCCUCCUCCUCCAAGGGCCCCACCUCACGGUCUCCCUUCUCUCUUGUUCUUCGAAAGUGAACCUGCUGCUCUCAAUGGUGCCCCCUCUCCCUCUACUACACUAAAGCAGCAUCCCUCCUACGACUCCUAUCUGCUGGAACUCCGUCUUGGGCUCUCGCAUCUCACACUGCUGCCUAGCAACUCGCUGCUCGCAUCAGUGCACAGUGUUUCUUCUCUCCAUCAGCCCCUCCCUCAACCCAACACCCUUCUCGCACCUUCAGGUGAUCCAACGACUCUUUCCCUUUUUGUCCUUCAAUUGCACCGAAAAUCUCUCUCUCAGAGUUGUCCUUCUGGCCGGAUAUGACUUGCAGCUCUGCUGCAGAGCAGUGCAGUCCAGCUCGCUGCUGCUGCUGCUGCUGCUGCUGAUUCAGAAUUGGCUGCCCGGGUUCCCGAAGCUGCUGUGGUUUAAGAACCUCGUUCGCCGCAGGGUUUGAGUCUGGGUGCUGCUGCUGCAGUGGUGGCUUGCGAACGUGGUGAGCGGCACGGGGAGAGCUCGAGAAAUGUUCAGAAGAAGAAGAAGAAGCAGCAGCUGUGGCAGUGGCAGGGGGCCACGUGGUGGAGGAGGUGCCAAAGCGAAGCUGAUCGUCUCUCGGUGAUGGAACAUUGAGAGCGAGCUUUGAAUUGUGAGCAGCAGUAUGUUCUGAUCUGACGAGGGAGGGAGGGAGGGAGGGGUGGAGGCUCGAGCACCGUUCGGUCUUUCUGGUUCUGAUGCAGCAGCUGGUCGUCGAAAGAGCAUGAGAAUGAGAAUGAUGCUUGAGCUCGAGAACUUGAUGAUAUGAGUUCCGCAGAAGGAGGCGAAUCCUAAGAACCACAACUUCAGAUAUUCAGUCUGAGUUCUGCGCUGCUGCAUUCGCAAUGGCGAGGUUCGCCAGUGGUGGUUCGAGGCGGAGUGGGGAUUGUGGACCUUCGUCGACCCUGUGCCUGUGCUUGUGCUUGUGCUUGUGCUUGCUGGCAGUGGCGGCGACGGGUGUGGGAGGACAACAAGUGCUCCAAGGAUCAUGGGAAGUAAUGGUACCGAACGCAGGGAUUGCUUCGAUGCACACAGCCAUCUCUCGCUACGGCCAUGCGAUUCUGCUGGACAGGGUGAGCAGUGGUCCUUCUCAAAUCGACCUGACCUCCAGUGAAUGCAGCGCCCUGGGCGGCAACAAGUCCGCCGAUUGCACGGCCCACUCCGUCCUCCUCAUCCCCGAAGGGCUGGCUCUCAGACCUCUCACUGUCAAAACCGACACUUGGUGCUCGUCUGGUCAAUUCGGCCCCAAUGGAACUCUCAUCCAAACUGGAGGACAAGGAAACGGCUCCAGAAAGGUGAGGACCUUUGCACCGUGCCCACCAGGAGGAGAGUGCGACUGGGUGGAAUCGUCGACCGUGAGUCUGCAGGCCGAUAGAUGGUAUGCCACCAACCAGCUGCUGCCGGACGGGAGGCAGAUCAUCGUGGGAGGAUUGAACGAACCGAAUGUCGAGUUUCUCCCGGACAGAGGCGAAGGUCUCGUGUCUUUGCCGUUCCUGGCUCAGAACAAGGAUUCCAAUGGCGACAAUCUGUACCCAUACGUGCACCUGCUUCCCGAUGGGACGCUGUUCAUAUUCGCGAACAAGGCGGCGAUCAUCUACAACUACACGAGCAACUCGGUGGUGCGAACGCUGCCCAACAUCACAGGAGAGCCGAGGAACUAUCCUUCGGCAGGCUCGUCCGUCAUGCUGCCUCUGACGUCGGAGACGAACUAUGCCGUGGUGGACAUUCUGAUCUGCGGGGGAGCCGAUUUCAGAGCCUUCAAGAAUGCUUCCGGACGCUUCCCUGCUUCGGAUUCCUGCGGCCGCAUGCGAGUCACGGACCCGAAUCCCUCGUGGGCCAUGGAAACCAUGCCCUUGCGGCGCAACAUGGGCGACAUGGUCCUGCUGCCCACCCGAAGCGUGCUCAUCAUCAAUGGCGCCCAGGCCGGUGCUCAGGGAUUCAGCAACGCCUUCGACCCUGCUCUCAACCCCGUUCUCUACGAGCCCAAUGCUCCUCAAGGUGUGAGAUUCUCGACGCUGAGCGCAGCGACGACAGCGCGAGUGUACCACUCGACGGCGAAUUUGAUGGCGGACGGGAGAGUGAUGGUGGCAGGGAGCAAUCCGCACGCGAAGUACACGUUUCUGGUGGGGAAUCCGAUCAAGGACGGGAACUAUCCGACCGAGCUGAGCGUGGAGGCAUUCUCGCCUCCUUACAUGGCCGGGAGCUUGUCGGUCCUGAAGCCGAGCUUCAUUCAAGUGCCCACGAAUCUCACCUACGGCCGAGGCUUCAUCGUCAUCGUGCAGGUGGAAGUGCCCGUCGUGGGCAACAUCUUCCUCUCGCUCGUGAGCGCUCCUUUCACCUCGCACUCCUUCUCCCAAGGCCAGAGGCUGCUCGCGCUGGGCGCCACCUCUCCCGUCGCCAUCGGCAGCAACCAAUACCAAAUCGCCUCUCUCGCGCCGCCUUCGAGAAAUGUGGCUCCUCCCAGCUACUACAUGCUCUUCGCCAUCAAUCAGGGCGUCCCCAGUGCAGGCGCAUGGCUACAACUCUCCGAUUGAUCUGCGAGUCUGCCACAGAAUUCCUUCACUGCGCCCGACUGGGGCUGACGGACAGGCUCGGAUGGAGGCCAGCUCAGUUUCUAUUAGAGUUAGGAUUUUGAUAGCUGCCUCGGAAGAUAGGACUUUUGUUCACCUCAGCUCUCCGGGGCCCAGCCAGAGAGCUGAAAUUUUACCUCCAAUCGAUCGACAAUUCUCCCAAUUUGUUUGUGAGACGCGAAGCCGAAGCUGAUGGUUCGUUUUAUCAAAUUUCGCCAAUUCUUCUCCUCGACCUCU